AUGUCCGAGCGCCCUCCCUCACCAUUCCACGAUUUCGCGCCGCCGACGCCGGCCAUGCCGCUUGCCACAAUCCGGGGCAAGCGCAAAACAAACGCGCAGGAGGAAAACGCAGGCUCCAAGGCCCCGGUCGCGUUGCCGCCGGCCUCGAACUCGAAAUCGAACUCGACCGUAACGACCGUUGCACGCAACGGUGGAUCGAAAGUCUACCUGAAGGCCGAGCGGGCCCACAGGUCCGCCAGUGAGAAGUCUUCCGCCGCGUUCCCGACGAGCAGCGGGCUGGCGCUUCCCGUGCUGACCGCCACCCACGCCCGCUUCGCCGACAUCGCGUAUCGGCUGCUGAACGCGCCCAAGACGCUCGCCCAGGGCGAGGGCGAGUACGUGUUAGGCAAGAGAGCCCGACCGAGCGCUACGCGGACCAAGUCCAAGGACCAGCAGAAGAAGGCGGUUUUCCCGACGUCCCCGCCCCUGUGGCGCGCAUUGGAGACCCAGGGAAAGGUGGUGAUUGCGGAAACCUUAGACUACGAGCUGCUCGGCACCCUACCGUACGGCGGGAGCAUGGUGACGCCCGCGAUGCUGCGCGAGGGAUUGUUGACGCCAGACACGGCGUACCACGCUUGGGUGGGAGCGAAGAGGGCCAUCGAAGAUAGGCGGCCCAGCGGAGAAUGGGACCUGAAACGCAUCCUGGACGAAGCAAUGUUGUUCUAUCUCGUGGAGCUCGGCGCGUCGAUGGCCGACCGAGUAAACGGCCCCCAUUACACGUUCGUCGACCCGCGGUACCACGAUGACGCCGCUAGCAUGGUCAAGCAAGCGCUACGGCUGGCCAGGCUAUUCGCAAAGCAGGGCUAUGGCCGGGAACGCCUAGUCGUCACGAUUCCAGCCACGGAGGCCGGCGUCCAAGCUGCGAAGACCCUGGGGGUAAAGCACCACGUCCAGACAAACCUGACUCUGGUGUCUGGCCUCGCUCACGCGGCGGCCUGCGCAGAAGCUGGAGCCACCUGCAUCACACUGUGCUACAGACAGGUCUCCGAUGCUUGCGGCAGAAGAACCAACAGCAGCAACCCAUUCAUUCGGGCCUGGGAGGCCUUCAGCGCACCAUCGAGGCGGCUCGCCGAAGAGACGAUCCAAGAGACGGCGGCAUACUUCAACAUGCACAAGCUCCAAUCUGCCAUCGUUGUGGCCAACCUGGAAAGCACUAGCGAUGCGGAAAGAUUGGGGGAGGUGGACGCUGUCGCUUUCACCGCCGGCCAGUCGUUGGCUGCGCGCGCGCCAGCGCCAGGCCUGCCGCAAGCCGCCAUAUCUCUUGCUGGAACACAGGCGAAGCAACGUGCCUGCGAGGCGCAGUACCCCACAUCAUACCUGGCGUCUAAAGACGGGGCAUUUUUGUCGGCGAUACCCGUCGAUGCGCGCACCACGGCGAAGGUUACGCUUGCCACCGGACUACAAGACCUGAUGGAGCAUAUGCAUCGGGCAUCGAUGCAUAUGUUAGAGUUCAUCCAGGGCGAAGCGCAGCUUGCGCAUGUUGACGAUAUUGUGCUACAGAGUUUCUAUGACUUGGACGAGAUGGAGGCCGACCGGCUUGGGGGACAGAAUGCGGCGGGGAAGAGCGCGGAGGAGGAAUAUCCGGUCAGGUGGUACGACGUGGGUUUCCGCCUGCGCUACAGCACUUGGGAUGAGCCGGCACUGUAUCGUCCGGAUUGCGAAGGACUCGAGGACAAGAGCGGCGUGCAAUAG